AUGUCUACCACAACUCGUCCAGCGAUCCCACCGGUCGUCAUGUCGUCUAUCACGGAGCAGAUUGGCAAUACACCAUUGGUCCGACUGAACAAGAUCCCCCAGUCUCUUGGUAUCAAAGCUACGGUCUACGCGAAGCUUGAGAUGUUCAACGCCGGCGGCAGUGUCAAGGACCGCAUUGCACUUCGCAUGGUUGAGGCUGCGGAGAAGUCAGGACGGAUAAAGCCUGGUGACACACUCAUUGAGCCUACUUCAGGCAACACCGGUAUUGGUCUAGCUCUGGUUGGAGCUGUCAAGGGUUACAAGACGAUCAUUACCCUUCCUGAGAAGAUGAGCCCGGAGAAGGUUGCUGUGUUGAAAGCAUUGGGUGCGGAGAUCAUAAGAACACCGACCGCGGCUGCAUUUGACUCCCCCGAGUCACACAUUGGUGUCGCACGCAGGCUUGUCAAGGAACUACCAAACGCCCACAUCCUCGACCAGUACUCAAAUCUCGAUAACCCGCUUGCACACGAAUACGGUACUGCGGAGGAGGUGUGGACACAGACCGAUGGAAAGGUGACCUGCCUUGUCGCAGGUGCUGGUACUGGAGGCACAAUCACCGGUCUGGCACGAGGCUUGAGGAAGCACAACAAAGACAUCAAGAUUGUCGCUGCAGAUCCUCAUGGCAGUAUCCUGGCCCUCCCAGAGCAACUGAACGAGGAGCAUGUGAAUGAGGGCUACAAGGUGGAGGGAAUCGGUUACGAUUUCAUCCCCGAUGUUCUCGAGCAGAAGUUGGUGGACACCUGGUACAAGACCGAUGACCGUACCUCGUUCCAGUAUGCAAGGAGACUGAUCGCGGAGGAGGGUAUCCUCUGCGGUGGAUCCAGUGGAAGCGCACUUGACGCCGCAGUCAGAGCGAUCAAGGACCUCAACCUUGGCGAGGAUGAUGUCGUUGUUGUCAUCUGCCCCGAUUCCAUCCGCAGCUAUCUUAGCAAGUUUGUCGACGAUGACUGGCUCUCUGCCAACGACCUCCUUCCCCCGACACCACCUGAAUCCCCAGACAACGAGGCUCCUCUUGCCCGCGCUCGAUCCCACUCCCUCAAGAACGAUCCCUUCCAUAAUGCCACUAUCGCCGCCCUCCGUCUCAAGCCCGUCACUACCGUCCCCACCGACUCACCCAUCACCGAGGCCAUUGAGACGAUGCGCGAGAAGGGCUUCGACCAGCUCCCAGUCUCCUCUUACUCCGCAGCAGGCAAGGCCAAGCUCGUCGGCAUUGUCACCCUCGGUAACCUCCUCUCGUGGAUUGCUAACGGCCGCGCGAACCCCAAGACCAAGGUCGAGGACGUCAUGUUCGACUUCCGCAAGCUCAAUGAGGUCGUCAAGGACCUUGGACGCCUGCACAUCGACGGCGGCGAGGGCAAGAAGAAGGGAUCCCGUCGGGAUUUUGUCGAGAUCACCCGCGACACUUCGCUCAGCGACUUGAACAAGUUCUUCGAGUGGAACUCUGCCGCUGUUGUUACCGAGAAGGUCGACGGCGAGUUGAGGGCUACCGCCGUCGUCACCAAGGUCGACUUGUUGACCUGGAUGGUCAAGCAGGGAAACUAG